CCGAGCGGCAAGAAAGAAGAAGAAGAAAAACAAAAAAAACGUCACGCAACUCACACACGACCUGACUGCGAUUGUAGCGUGGUUUGUUGUUCUCGCACAGGCACACACACUGGCUUUUUUUAUUUUGGGGGUUGCCUGAAUGGGUGGUAAGAAGAAGAAAUCCACGCCGCCGGCGAUCGCCGCCGCCGCCGCCGCGGGACCGGCGGGAGCUGCGGCGGCAUCAGGCCGUGCUUGUGCUCCCUCAGCCGCGAACGGUGUGGCGGACGAACCGAAGAAGCAACCGGGGAGCAGCAAGCUGAGUAAAGUAGCUAAAGACAACAAGCCUAAAGCUCCGAAGACCUACAGUCUGGCCAACACGACCCAGGUGGACACAGGCGGCGUGUCUGACAAAUCCAUCCUGAAGGUUUCCAUCCAAGCCGACCUGGAGAAGAAGAUCAUAAAGGUGAUCAAUGACUUCCGGCAGGAGAUCGGCGAUAAAGGGCCCGUGUCGGGAAGACUCACCAACAAGAAACUUUUGGAUCUGUACACGGCCCUGCAGAAGUUCAACUUCAAGCGGGAGCACAUCGAGGAGGCCAUGAAGAGCAGCGUGCUCUACGGCGGCGAUCUUCACUCUGCCCUCGACUGGCUCUGCCUGAACCUUCGAGAUGAGGAGCUGCCUGAAGGUUUCAGCCAGCAGAUGCAGGAGGAGAGCCAGAGGAGCAGGCCCAAGUUCCAGCCUCUUGUCCGGCCUCGACCCACGAGCCCCGAGCCACCCAAAGUGCCCACUUUCAAAGACACCAGCAAGGCGUCCGUAAAGGAUGAUGACGCGCGCAUGAAGGACUGGAUCUUAAGGUACGCUGAGCAGAGCAGCGGUGAAGAGGAGGAUGAGGAGGAAGAAGGAAAGAAAACGUCGCAACGCAACCCGGAAUUGGAGGAAAAGUUUGAUCCAAACGACAGGUAUUUGAUCCUGACAGCUCAACUUUACGACGCCAAAGAAAUGGCGAUGGCGGCCAAAACCAAAGGAGACAAGUCGGCUCAGCGGAUGGCACAAGACAGAAUACGCGUCAUACAGCAAGAAAUGAAGCCACUAGAGUCACACCCAAUCUUCAAUCCGGCCAUUAAAGUGGUGGAGGCACACCAAAAGGAGAAGCCGCCAUCUGUCAACGAGGACAAAGAAGAAAUCGGCUUCAACUUGUUUGAAAGGACGGAAAAAGAAGCCCCGACAGAGAAAGUCAUGCAGCAGAAGAAGAAGAACGAGCCAAAGGACAUUCGAAACUUUGACUACACGGCGCGCAGUUGGACAGGAAAAUCCCCUAAACAGUUCCUCAUAGACUGGGUGCGUAAAAACCUUCCCAAGAGUCCGCCGCCGGCUUUCCACAAGGUGGCUGCGGGCAGAUACUGGAGGUGCAAGGUGCGCGUUCAGAGGACGGACGACGUCUUGGAAGUUUGUCCGACCAUCCUGACCGAGGACGGCAUGCAGGCUCAGCAUCUGGGAGCCACCCUGGCACUCUACAACCUGGUGAAAGGACAGUCAGUGCACCAGCUCCUCCCGUCAACCUACCGGGACGUUUGGCUCGAGUGGCGGGACGGCGAGCAGCAGCACCAGGAAGAGACGCGCAGCGCCGUCAACAAGCCCCGAGACCAGUUCAUCGCUCGACUCCUGACCCGCCUCAAGCAGCAACAGCACCACCACGGGCCGGACUCCCAAUCCGACGGACCGACGCGGCUUGACGCCGCGGAGGAGGAGGAAGCGGAGGACUCCUGGGAGAACCUGGCCGCCCUUGAUAUUGUGGAGAAAGGAGGAGGGGCUGUGGAGGUCAAGAUGGAGGGACGAGGAGGCGAGAGGGAGCAGGAAGGAGCUCUGCGCAUGUCCAGAGAACUCCUCAAGAAGCUCAGGACGUCCCCUCUGGCUCAGAGACUCCUGGCGGAACGAGAGCAGCUGCCCGUCUUCCAGCACCGGCAGCACGUCCUGGAGGCCCUGCGGCGCCACCGCGUGGUGGUGGUGGCCGGCGAGACGGGCAGCGGCAAGAGCACGCAGAUCCCACAGUUCCUCCUGGACGAGCUGCUGCUCGGAGGCGAGGCGGCCCGAGCCUGCGACAUCGUCGUCACGCAGCCCCGACGGAUCUCCGCCAUGAGUCUGGCCUGCAGAGUCAGCCAGGAGCUCGGCUGCCAGGAUGGGCCGGGCUCAAAGUCCUCGCUGUGCGGCUACCAGAUCAGGAUGGAGAACCAGUCGGGCGAGUGGACUCGCUUGUUGUACUGCACCACCGGAGUUCUGCUCCGGAAGCUCCAGCAUGACCGACACCUCAGCGCCCUGACGCACAUCAUUGUGGACGAGGUGCACGAGCGCAGCGUCCAGUCGGACUUCCUGCUCACCAUCCUGAAGGAGGUGGUCUCCAGGCGGGCAGACCUGCAGCUGAUCCUUAUGAGCGCCACCGCCGACUGCCACAAGUUCUCAAACUACUUCAACCGCUGCCCCGUGCUCAGCAUCCCUGGACGGACCUUCCCGGUGGAGGUGUUCCAUCUAGAGGACAUCGUGGAGGAGACUGGCUACGUCCUGGAGAAGGAUUCAGAAUACUGCCAGAAAGUCCUGGAAGACGAAGAGGAAGUGAGCGUCUCCAUCACGCAAAAAGGCGGAAAGACGUUACAGCACCAGGAGGUGAUCGUGAGGGACUCGUCGGCAGGCUGGGAUUUAGGUCCCGACCUGGACCACUUCAGCAGCAGGACUCGCCAGGUGCUGCAGUACAUGAACCCCAACAAGAUCAACAUGGACCUGCUGGUGGAGCUCAUCAGCUACCUCGAUAAAGCUCGGCAAUUCACAGCAGUGGAUGGUGCUGUUUUGGUGUUUCUACCCGGUCUGGCUCACAUCCAGCAGCUGUUUGACCUGCUGUCGUCAGACAAGCGCUUCAAGGAUAAACACAGGUACAGGAUCGUCGCUUUGCACUCCAUGCUGUCGUCGAAGGAGCAGGCUGCGGCCUUCACGGUGCCCACGGCUGGGGUCAGGAAGAUUGUGCUGUCCACCAACAUCGCGGAGACGGGUGUGACCAUUCCUGACGUUGUGUUUGUCAUCGACACGGGCAAAACCAAGGAGAACAAGUAUCAUGAAAGCAGCCAGAUGAGCUCCCUGGUGGAGACAUUUGUGUCCAAAGCCAGCGCUCUUCAGAGGCAAGGCAGAGCGGGACGCGUCCGUAACGGCUUCUGCUUCAGACUCUACCCAAAGUACAGAUUUGAUGCGUUUAUGGACUACUCCAUUCCAGAGAUACUUCGCGUGCCUCUGGAGGAGCUCUGUCUUCACAUUAUGAAAUGCGAGUACGGCUCCCCGGAGGAGUUCCUGAGCGGCGCACUGGACCCCCCGCAGCCUCAGUCUGUGAUGAACGCCGUCAACCUGCUGCGGAAGAUCGGCGCUUGUCAGCCCGGCCACCACCUGCUCACCCCGCUGGGCCAACACCUGGCCAACCUGCCCGUCAAUGUCAAAAUCGGCAAGAUGCUCAUCUACGGCGCCAUCCUUGGCUGCCUGGAACCAAUCGCGACCAUCGCGGCGGCCAUCACGGAGAAGUCUCCCUUCUCCACGCCUAUGAACAGGAAGGAGGAAGCCAAUCUGGCCAAAGCUGCGCUCGCAUUGGCCAACUCUGACCACAUGACCAUCUACAACGCAUAUCUCGGCUGGAAAAAUUCCCAAAAGGAAGGACAGAAAGCAGAAAUGUCCUUUUGCCGGAAACACUUCCUGAACCGCGCAGCACUUGCCACUAUUGAGGACGUGAAGCAGGAGCUGAUGAAGAUGAUGGAGCAGGCGGGCUUCUGCUCGUCGAGCGCGCCCCGGCCCCCCGCAGCGUCCAAGCCGCCGGUGUCGCUCCUGGGGGCGGCGCUGACGGCGGGCCUAUACGACAGCGUGGCGCGCAUGCUGUGCGUCGCCUCGGUGGACGCGCUGGAGCGAGUGGCGUGUUCUGCGGAGACGCCGCAGGGCCGAGCGCAGGUGCACCCGUCGUCCGUCAACCGCAACCUGCAGGCGCACGGCUGGCUGCUCUACCAAGAGAAGGUGAAAUACACUAAGAUCUACCUGCGAGACACCACUCUCAUAUCUCCCUUCCCCAUGCUGCUCUUUGGAGGCGACAUCGACAUUCAGCACAGGGAACGCCUCAUCACGCUGGACGGAUGGAUGCACUUCCAGGCUCCCGUGCGCAUCGGCGUGAUCUUCAAACACUUGAGGAAGCUGCUAGACUCGUUGCUGGAGAAGAAGCUGGAGAACCCGCGCAUGAAUUUAGAAGGUGAGAGGACCAUUCAAAUCAUCUUGGAGCUGAUCAAGUCGGAGCACUCUGCAUGAUGUGUGCAAAUGACAAAAUGGGGGACACUAUAAUGAAGAACUGAUGGUCACUAAGGAUUUUCAAUUAUGGUAGUAAUCCUCUUAUGAAAAUCUCCAUCAGGAGAGGAAUUGUCUUUGCCUAACACUGUCGCAAUAAAGUAUUUUUUAUUCCAAUGGCUUUCCAGGGCCAUAAUAAUUUCAUUUUAAAAAAAUAUGAAUUAUUGAAACACAAAUUAGAUUUUUUUUAUAUAUAUAUAUGAUUGUAUUGAUUAUAAUUUUAAAAAUCUACAAUAAUUAAUUGUGUUCGUUAUAAUAUUACAUUUGGAUUUAAAAUUACAUUUUGAUUGUAAAUAUAAAAUUACAAUAAAAAUGUAACAAUAAACAAAAUUAUUAUAUAUUUUCUAAAUUAUAAUCCCAGGGCCAUACAAAAUUAAUUAAAAUAAUUGGAUUUAAAAAAAACAAUUUUAAAAUUUGUAUUUACUACAAUUAAAAUGCAUUAUAAUUUUAAAAAAAAUACUGAGUCCGUGGUUCCAUCAAAAAAACAUCACUGCUCCAUUAUGGUUGUGAUUUCUUCUUAUUAUUAUUAUUAUUAUUAAUAUUAAUUUUGGGGGGCUUUGCAUUUGUUUUUAUAAUUGCAUGGCAGCCAUUUUGACUGAUUGACAUACACUAAAUGUGCAAAAGUAUUUGGGCAUCAGGUCAUCACAUCUUUAGGAAGUAGCUACAGUGGAUAUAAAAGGUCUACACACCCCUGUUAAAAAUGUUUAUGUUUUUGUGAUAUAUAAAAAUGAGACCAUGAUGAAUCAAUUAAAAACUGUUUCCAGCAUUUAUGUGACCUAUAACCUGUACAACUCAAAUAACUUUUUUUUUUUUUUUUUUUAAAUCUCGAAACAGGGGUAAUGUGGUUGCAAAAUGUGUACACCUUUUUGUACUGCGGUCUGGCUGUGCUCAGAAUGAACUAAUCACAUUCAAACUCAUGACAAAUGGGAGUCAGUGCACACUUGCUACCAUUUAAAGUGCAUUUGAUUAAAAAAAAAGAAAUAAUUAUGAUGAAAGCGGCCUUGGCGGAGGUAAUAGGUGGAUAGGCCCCCUGAUGACAGCUGAGGGCAGCAGAGGCGGAACCCACUGUCCACUGUAGAAAUUCUCAUAUAAGAUGGCAGCUGUCAUACACAAACAUCUUUUUUUUUAAUGCAUUUCAUUUUUUCAUUUAAAUUUCAUUUAAAUAUUACAAUUCUGAUUAUUUUAAAUGUGCAGUUUAAUAAGCAGUAAUAGAGUGUUGGAAGUGUCCAGGAGGGAACAACAAAUGCCAUGCUAAUUUUACAAUAAUACAUAUUUUAGCAUUUUGUAUCGUCAGAUUUUUUUAAAUUUGAUAUAUAUAUAUAUAUUAGUUUGAUAAUUUAUGCAUUUGACACCAUAUUUUAAUAUUAUUUGUGUAUUUUAAUCAAUAUUAAAUUAGGAUUUUAAUAAUGACUUUAAUGCUAAUGCCGAGUUUGGCGUUGCUCAUACCAAGUGACUAAAUAUUCCACGUCCUCCUGGACGUCACACUUCUCCAGAGACUUCCUCACUUCUUCGUUCAUCGGCAACACACACAUACAUGCUGCUAAAUAUUGAAUAAUUAAAUCAUUGAUGCUGGCUGACCUCACCUAAGUUGACACACUGCUGGGAGAGUAAGUUGAGGUGAGUCCAUAUGGUGUUUCUGUGGCCUGCUUCUCAAAGACCUGUCGAGGACACUUUUGAGGUUUUUUUCUUUCUUGAAGAGGUCACGAUGAUGGUUGAGACCCUCUCACUCUCACCUCGUAGGCCUUGAUGUGUGCCCUCGGCCAGUCGCCUCUGAGCUUGGCCAGCGAUGUCACGCUCCG